AUGAAUAUUAAUUAAUAAUUAUAUUAUACAGACACACAUUAAGAUAAUUGUUAUCCAUAUUUGUAUGCAUUAAUAUUGGUACAUGGAAAUAUCACAUCCUCUUAACAUUGGUGCAAAUUUAUAUAAGAAAUACAAAAACGAGAUCAAGAUAAAUAAAUAAGAAUUAUUAAUUUAGACUUAAAAGGAUUUGGAAAUUCAUAAUUACUAAAUAAUAGUAUCGAAGAUGUCAAAGAUCUGACUACAGAUAUUCAUAAUUUAAUAUUAUCUUUAUUUAAAAAAGAAGAAAUAUCCUAAAAAGUGAUAUUAUGUGGUUGGUCUUUAGGAGGAGCUGUAUGUUUAUAAUUAGCAAGUGAUAAAAGUGAAUACUAUCAUAAAUUAAUACUUGUAGCCAGUGCAGGUUGUCAUGGUAAUCAUUUGUAUAUGGAGGAUGAGGAAGGUAAAUAAUUAUCAAUUAAAUGCUAAACUAAAUAAUAAAUAAUGGAUCAUUCUAAAAUUAAACAUAAUGUAAAGAAAAUGAAAUAAAAUGAUUAUAAUUACUUUUAUCAUGUUUUUAAAAAAGCAUUACUCAAUACUGGAAGAUAUCCAAGUGAUCUUGAAUUAUUUGAAUUAUUAAAAGAUGUAUUUAAACAAUCAAAUUACGUUGAUGUGACAUGGGCAUUAUAAAAAUUUGAUAUUACUCAUUAGGUAAAUAAAAUAAAAGGUCCUGUCUUCUUAUAUCAUGGUUUAUUAGAUCGAAUUUGUCCUAUUUUUCUGAUGCCUAUGUAAUUGAUAUAAAUAGUUUUAGACUAAUAUCCACUUUAUAGGUAAAAAUAAAUGCACAUUGAUUGUUCAUUAAGAUGUUAGUCAUAUGCCUCCUUUAGAAGUGCCUGAAGAUUUAGC